CGCUGAUGACGUCACUGGCAGGAGCCCGGAGCAGGACUGUGAUGACAGUGUACUGGAAGGACUGCAGCUGCCCCAUGUCCUGGAUACGCCGGAGAGUCCACACCUCUGUCGGCCGCUUCGCUCCGCUCCUCCACUAGCCGGCCAUGAGCCCCUGGCUGCUGCCACUUGCCGGUCUAUACUCCGUUCUGCUGGCUGUCAGCUCCGGGGAGCACCAGUCCCAUCAGCAGCCAGAGACCCCAGACUGGAGGAUGACGCUGAAGACCAUCAGGAACGGAGUGCACAAGAUAGACAUGUACCUGAAUGCUGCCCUGGACCUGCUGGGAGGAGAAGAUGGGCUGUGCCAGCAUAAGUGCAGAGACGGUUCCAAGCCACUUCCCCGUUAUGGCUACAAACAUGCUCCGCCGAAUGGAUGUGGAUCUCCUGUGUUUGGAUUUCAUUUUGAUGUUGGCAUUCCAUCAAUGACUAGAUGCUGCAACCAACAUGACCGCUGCUAUGACACAUGUGGUAACCUGAAGAAUGAUUGUGAUGAGCAGUUUCAGAGCUGCCUCUCCAAAAUAUGCCGAGAUGUACAGAAAACGUUAGGCAUUUCUGAGAGUGUUCAAGCUUGUGAAUCCACAGUGGCACUCCUGUUUGAUGCAGUCAUACAUUUGGGAUGUAAACCCUAUAUGGAAAGCCAAAGAGCUGCGUGCAUUUGUCCAUAUGAAGAGAAAAUAGAUCUAUGAUUAAGGAUAUCUCAAGACACUGCUACCGGGGCUGAUGUGUGCACCACUGAAGGACUAGACAAAGCAUGUUAGAUGCUUUUAAGUUAUAUUCAAUGCUUAAUUAAGGAAGUAUGCAUAUACUAUUAUUUAUAAUUAACCUCAGGAUGAUUUCAUUUCUACACAACUAUGCACUUUUCCUUUGUAUAAUGCAAUACUAUGUAUUAGAUGCAUCAUGUUCCACUAAUUUUUGUAAAUGUGUCUUAUGAUGUAAAGUUUCAAGUUGCGCAAGUCUUGCACCCAAACUUUAGGAUGACUUACAACCACUGCGCAACAUCCAUAUCCCAAUAGAUGUGAAGAGGUACCAAGCUUUUCUCAUAACUGUCUAUUAACUUGCAAAAGUUAUACAACUUGAAUCCCAAGAAAGACUCAACACAUGAUUCAGGUCAGGUCAUUGGCCUGAACACAAACACCGUGCCAAAGUCUUCAUAUAAAACUUUUUACUUUUGGUUAAUAUAUAGCGUCCGUCUUCUAAGCCAUGCAGGCAGUAACUGUUGCUGAAGCCACCAUGUGGAGUUUAUGGCACAUAUCAUAUGGAUGUACAUUUUACCAGGUGAUUCCCCAUUGUAAAUUAAUUGAUUAUUAAAUUAAAUUGUGAAUAAUUCUCGUCGCAUAUUUGUUCUUCUCAUUGUAAAAUGUUUUAUAGACACAGGUUGUCGAUACAACAUUAUGUA